AUGGGCUGUUCAAGUAGUUUAUUUGCUAGCCACAAAUUGAAUCGUUCACGUUCUCUCGAUCUACUUAAAAAUCGAUACAAAUCUGAUUCGAUUGAGAAUGAAUUUAUUUUGACGGGUUGGGCCAGCAUCGUGUCUCGCAUUGAACUAGUCAAACAUUUGCCUGAUUGUACAAUUAAGGAUGCUGUAGAUAAGAUUAAGGCGACCGAUGAACUUCAGAAUGAUAAAAGUAUGGACAAAGUCUAUAUUGCACUUGAACGAGCUCAAUCUGAAUCCGAUAUAACUCAUCUUGUUUAUGCCUACACUAUCGAGAGUAAUUUCUAUAGAAUAUUGAAUAGAAAACUUUCAAAUUUAUCUGUCUCGAACAAUCUAACAGAGUAUUUAACGGCAAUGUUUAUUAAGACUAGCAAGAAUCAUAAUGAUAAAACAGUAGAUUGGCCACUUUAUUUUACUAGUAUUAUAUUGAAAGGUGUCAAUACUGUGGGAUCACCUUUGAAAUGCUGUUGUGGUCGCACAUAUCGUGGACUUACUAUUACAAAACAUGACUUGUCGCUUUAUAAAGUUAAUUCACUCGUUAUUCAAAAAACUUUCUCGUCUUCAUCAAAACUUCGCUCAAUGGCUGAAAUAUUUGCUCAACAACCCGAAUUUGGACGAAUGCCUGCUUUAUUCGUAUUUAUUAUGGAUGUUACUAAUACAUUAUGUAUUGAUUUAGCAGGUAUCUCCGAGUAUCCAAAUGAAGAAGAAGUACUAAUCCUUCCUCUUUCUAUAUUUAUGGUGACAAAAAUUGAUCAAACUAAACGUAAUGGUUAUAUUGAAAUUGAAUUGAAAGCAUUUACGUCAGAAGAACUAUUAGAAUCAACUAUAUCUCAGAUGUUUAGCAUAACUACUCCUAUUAAUUUAAUCGAAUCAACUGCAAACUAUCUUGAUCAUUUAAGCUUGGCUAUACUGAGGAAAAGCACAAGUCACAAGGAUCUCUUCGACAGUAUUCUUAAUCAAAGUGAUGAUAAUGAUGGGAAUAACGAUGAAACCGAACAUAUCAACGAAAAUAAUAAUCAUGAUGAGAAACGAAAUGCCAUUGAACAAUGA